GAAGAAAAAAAAAUUCUAACUUAUUGAUUUGGUUGCUCUAUCUUAAAACUAUCUUUAUAAGAACUCUACGCAUCUGUAAGAUAAGAUAAAUUUAACUUUGAUAUAAUUUUUUUGAGGUGUGCAAAAGAAUCAGGAGAUAUUUUCUAUUAAACCAUAUUUUGCAUCUGGGUACAGUGCUAAUUUAUUUUUUCCAAUUUUAAAUCUAGUUUCAGUUUUGUCAAAUCAUGGAUCCAAUUUUGAAUCAAACUCUGGAUGAAAGUGAUCCAGAUUUAUUAAAGUUGUUGAAAAAAGAGAAAGAACGUCAAUCUAGAGGUCUUGAAAUGAUUGCUUCUGAAAAUUUCACUAGUCGAAGUGUUCUUCAAUGUUUGAGUAGCUGUUUACACAAUAAAUACUCAGAAGGUUAUCCAGGACAGAGGUAUUAUGGAGGCAAUGAAUUCAUUGAUGAAGUUGAGAGACUAUGCCAACAAAGAGCUUUGCAGACAUAUGGCCUUAAUCCAGAAGAAUGGGGUGUCAAUGUUCAACCUUAUUCUGGAUCUCCAGCUAAUUUUGCUGUUUAUACUGCAGUUGUUGAACCACAUGGUCGAAUCAUGGGGUUAGACCUACCUGAUGGUGGUCACUUAACUCAUGGAUAUUUUACUGAGAAGAAAAAGAUUUCUGCUACUUCUAUGUUUUUUGAAUCUAUGCCUUAUAAACUGGAUCCAUCAACUGGUCUUAUUAAUUAUGAUCAAUUAGAAGAAUUAGUUAAGCUGUUCAAGCCGAAGUUGAUAAUUGCUGGUAUUAGUUGCUAUCCAAGAGAUUUGAAUUACAAACGCUUCAGAGAAAUAGCAGAUAUUAAUAAUGCUUAUCUUAUGGGAGAUAUGGCUCAUGUUAGUGGUUUAGUUGCUGCAAAAUUAGCACCUAGUCCUUUUGAAUACUGUGAUAUUGUUACAUCAACUACUCACAAAACUCUUCGAGGACCUAGAGCCGGUUUAAUAUUCUAUAGAAAAGGAGUUCGUAAAGUUACUAAGGCCGGUGAAGAAAAAUAUGAUCUUGAAGAUAAAAUUAAUCAAGCAGUGUUUCCGGGUCUUCAAGGAGGUCCACACAACAAUUCUAUUUCAGGCAUUGCUACUGCUUUAAAACAAGCACAAACUAAAGCCUUCUACGAGUAUCAAAGUCAGGUAUUGGCUAAUUCUAAAUGCCUUGCAAAAGGCUUGCAAUCCAGAGGUUACACUGUUGUAACUGGUGGAACUGAUAAUCACAUUGUGUGGGUCGAUUUGAGGCCUAUUGGAUUAAAUGGAUCUAGAGCGGAAAAAGUACUCGAGGAUAUAUCUAUUGCAUGCAAUAAGAAUACUGUGCCUGGUGAUAAAAGUGCACUCAACCCUGGUGGAAUUCGUCUUGGUACUCCAGCUCUUUCAACUAGAGGUCUAAAAGAAAGCGACAUGGACAAAGUGGCUGAAUUUUUGCAUAAAGGUUUUCAAUUAGCUCUCGAAGUCAAAUCUAAAAGUGGACCUUUGCUGAAAGAUUUCAAGAGUACACUUGAAAAUUCUGAAUUCCAAGAAAAAGUAAAAAACUUGAAAGAUGCAGUAGAAGGUUUUGCCUCCCGAUUUCCACUACCUGGAUAUGAAGGAUAUUAAACGGCAAACAAUUUCUUUGCUAUUCCAAACUUUAAAUGUUAUAUUUUCCAACGUUGAAAUAUCUGUAUAGUUAGUUUUUACAUUUUGUAUACAUUUUAACUGUUGAAUAAAGAGCUAUUUUGAAAUAUAA